CAGUUGCCGUCGAAAGCCGUCUGAGGCUCUCUGUCAACCCGCCCCCCAGCCCGAAACUUGCCCCCAUCACCAACGUCGCCCGCAGUAUGUGAAGCCGGCCCCUCUGCGAACACAAUGUGGCCGUCCUCGGGAAGCGGCAAGAAGCCCGCGCAGUCGCCGCAGGAGAUGGUCCAAGUUGAUCGAUCAGAUUCCGCAUCGCCUUUCUGGAGACCGCCUCCGCGAGACAACACGACGCCUCAGAGGAGUGUUACCGCACCUGGGGGUCAUGGGUCCGGCCUGGUGGUCGGCGCAUCAUACUCCCAUGCCGACAUGCUCAAGUUCGAUAACCUGAACCCCUCGAGCUCCUCUCGCCCCAAGACGCCCCCCUCUACCUCCUCAACCAGAAUCCGAAUCCACGAUGCCUCCCCUCCAGUACGAAACGCCCCAGGCGGCAAGUCCUCGCCCCCAUUCAAGACCUACAUCAAUUUCCUCUCCAACACCAACGAUGACUGGAAGGCCGAUGAAGACGAGAUGAUGGGAUAUGAGGACGAUGACGGCGAUGACUUCGGUCUGCCCAGCCUGUCGAAUAUGAAGAGGAGGUCUAGGCGGAUGGCUACGCAGAGCAAGGUCGAUCAUAGCACGCUGUCGCCGUUGUCGCCAUUUGGAGAGGAUCAUUUCGAUGCUCUCCACUCCAGGCGUUACUCCAACAGCGCCGACAUCGCGGUUGAGCGUCCGGCGCCUACAUACCCCAUGCCCAAGAAGAGCGAGGGCAAGAUACUUCGACCCCAGUAUAAGGAGAUCCUCAGAGACCCCGCCAACGCCCUCCACCUCAUCAACUAUCCCUCCGUACCUGCCAACGCCACCCCCAAGGAAGCCGACGCCAUCAACUCCCGAAUCACCCGCAUCAACAAGUUCAAGAAACUCCUCCAGACGUCCUCCAUCUCCCUCCCCGACCUGAGGUCGCUGGCUUGGUCUGGCGUACCCGGAGAGGUCCGCGCCAUGACUUGGCAGCUCCUCCUCAGCUACCUCCCCACCAACAGCGAACGUCGAGUUACUACCCUUGAACGGAAACGCAAAGAGUAUCUAGACGGUGUCCGCCAGGCCUUUGAGAGGAGCGGCACCAAUACGGCUAACUCGGCCAACACAGCACCUACCGGAAGGACUCGGGGUCUAGACGAGGCCAUAUGGCACCAGAUCAGCAUCGACGUCCCACGGACUAACCCACACAUCGAGCUGUAUAGUUACGAGGCUACCCAGCGGUCGCUCGAGCGCAUUCUCUACGUCUGGGCCGUCCGGCAUCCUGCUAGCGGAUACGUUCAGGGCAUCAACGACUUGGUAACUCCAUUCUGGCAGGUCUUCCUGAGCAUCUAUAUCGGCGACCCCAAUAUCGAAUCCGGCAUGGACCCGGGGCAGCUGCCCAAGUCAGUCCUCGACGCCGUCGAAGCUGACUCCUUUUGGUGCCUCACCAAGCUUCUCGAUGGUAUUCAGGAUCACUACAUUGUCGCACAGCCGGGCAUCCAGCGCCAGGUGACCGCCCUACGCGACCUCACCGCCCGCAUCGAUGCGACUCUGUCCAAGCACUUAGAAAAGGAGGGUGUCGAGUUCAUCCAGUUCAGUUUCCGAUGGAUGAAUUGCCUGUUGAUGCGAGAGAUCAGUGUGAAGAAUACUAUUCGCAUGUGGGACACAUACUUGGCCGAAGAACAGGGCUUUUCCGAGUUCCACCUAUACGUCUGCGCCGCCUUCCUCGUGAAGUGGUCCGACAAGCUCGUCCAUAUGGACUUCCAAGAAGUCAUGAUGUUCCUGCAAUCCCUACCAACUAAAGAUUGGACCGAGAAGGACAUCGAGCUACUCCUCAGUGAGGCCUUCAUCUGGCAGAGUCUCUUCAAGGGUUCUGCCGCCCACCUCAAGGGCCAGCCCACCCGUGAGCCAGUCACGAACCUGCAGCUGUAGAACUGCUCGGCCCACGCUCCCCCAAUAAUAUGGGGUUGUUCGUGUUUUUGCGACGAUGGGAAGGGCGGUCGGCUGCUGAGGAGUCGCGUGAAUGGGUUCCCAGUGAAGACGACAGAGGUGUUGCACAACAGACGCCAAGGGGGGAUAGAAACCUGCAUAAUUAUGAGCACGAGAACAAGAACAAGGCGUGUCUGUUUGAACGGUUCUUGCUUGCAUUUCACGGAGUCAAAUAUUUCGAGUCACAGUAUACAGGAGGUUGAAAGGGCGAUGUUGGUUCGUGAGAAUAUCUGGGAGCAUUGCUGUUGGUAUAGGCAGGAAUUGUUAUCCGCACAACGAGUAAAGGCGAUUUUGACUACAUGUCCUACUAUAUAGGUACCUAACAUGUGUGCCCGACCCUAAGCACCUUUAGUAAUAUAUUCUAUUCAAACGGG